CUGCCGGCGCUGGGGACCCCUCCCGGCCCAUGGCGGUGGCUGGAAUAAGAGCAGCUGCAGGCUCAGAGAGGCACCCAGAGGCUGCCCAGCUCAAGCGACGCUCCGAAGGACUCUAGCUCACCGCGCCUCUACUCCAAGACCUCGCCGGCCAGGUGAGCCCCGGUCUGCUCAGGGAGACGUCAUGGGCUUCCGGAAGUUCUCCCCCUUCCUGGCUCUCAGCAUCUUAGUUCUGUACCUCUCAGGCAGCCUGCAUGCAGUGCCCUUCAGGCCGGAUUUAGACAACAGCCUAGACCUGGCCACACUCAGUGAGGAGGAAGCGCGCCUCCUGCUGGCCGCACUGGUGCAGGACUACAUGCAGAUGAAGGCCAGUGAGCUGGAGCAGGAGCAGGAAACAGAAGCCUCCAGCCUGGACAACCCCAGAUCUAAGCGAUGUGGUAAUCUGAGUACCUGCAUGCUGGGCACCUACACACAGGACCUCAACAAGUUUCACACAUUCCCCCAAACUGCAAUUGGGGUUGGAGCACCUGGAAAGAAAAGAGAUAUGACUAAUGACUUGGAGACAAACCAGCGCCCUCUCAUUGGCAUGUCCCAGGCUGCCAACUAAACUGUUUCAUUCUGAUUUCUUUUUUUGCUUUCUUUCGAUAACUGGAUGCAUGUGGUUCCUCUCUGGUUGCUCUUUGGGCUGUUGGUGGUGGUUUUCCUCUGGCAGAGUAUCUGGAACCUCAUAUGGGCAGAGAGAAAGGAAGAAUCAGAGGCUAGAAAAGAAUAAUCUGGGAGAAUAUGAGAGAGCCAGGGCAACCCUUCUGAGGUCCCUGAGGAUUCCUUAGUAGAGUUUCUCAGUCCUGCUUCUGACUGUGCUGCUCAUUUGCGGAAUAAAAUUAUUUUUUCAACAAGA